AUGCAUCUCUUCACCUUGUUUCCGACGCACUUGGUCCCACUAGGGCACACAACUCCAGGCCGAUCGCAACGAAUUCGAGGGUCCUUCACUGACGACUUCACACAUACCCGAUCGCGACACUUUAAUCCCGACCCGCAAACCCAGAACGGAUCUCCCUUGCAGAAUUGUCCCUCUCCCAUCGGUUUGACACACUUCUUCACUCGCCGAGUCCCUGCGCACACCUUUCCAGGCAUGCAUACCUGCCCAGGCUUAUCGCAGCGGGGACCCAAGAUAGUUCCCUGGGUCAAAGAGAUCAGACAUACAAAUGAAAAGGCCACGGCGAACUUCAUCUUGGGGACGGACGUAAUGGUUGACAAUGAAACGCUAGUAUGUUUCUCUCGGUACAGGAAUGGAUCUUCCUUCGCCUGA